CGCAGGCAGUCACCACCACUGUCGUCGCAAUUUGGCGGCGUCGUCGUCUACCGAACCGUUUGCACUAUUGGGUUUUUUAUUGUUUUUCUAUUUGUUUUUGUUUUUCCAACGAUCAAAGGUGCAUAAAAACAGUGUUAAAAGGACAUAGUUUUGCUCACGGAAUGAAUGGAUGAUCUAAUCUUAUCCGUUGUCCGUAUCAGCUUAAGUGGUAGCUCAGCAAGUUGAGAAAAGAUUCUCUCGAUCGCCAAUUCCGAGUUAUGAAUACCCACUUGUUAAGAAGAUUCGUGAUGUUUUAGCAGAGGACAAAAAGACCAGAUCUAAACAAUGCUGCGUAGUACAACAAAACACGUGUGGCACUGUUGUAUGUUGAUAACGACAGUGGUAAUAUUCGAAUACGCCUCUGGUGUGUUUGGACGAGAGGACGAAUCGGAAGAAGAGUGGGAGGAUGCCUGGUCGAGAUAUGGCUACGUUGGAGCUGCGAUGCUCUAUACACUCCGCCUGCUAACGUUUCUAUCAUUGCCCCAAGUAACAUUCAACUUUGUUGGACUGACUCUGUACAAUGCUUUUCCAGACAAACCGGAGCUGAAAGGAUCACCCCUGCUGGCUCCGUUCAUCUGCAUCAGAGUAGUGACUAGAGGAGAUUAUCCUCAAUUGGUCAGAAAUAACGUAGCAAGAAAUCUGAACAAGUGCGCAGAGGCUGGUUUAGAGAAUUUUCAGAUCGAAGUGGUCAGUGACAAACCGGUAGAACUCUCAGCGCACCGUAGAAUACGUCAAGUUGUUGUCCCACCGUCGUAUCGUACUAGCAGCGGAGCGCUCUUUAAAGCUCGAGCGUUGCAGUAUUGUUUAGAGAAUUCAGUGAACGAAUUGGCCGAUCAUGAUUGGAUAGUUCAUUUGGAUGAAGAAACCUUACUGACUGACAAUUCCAUACGUGGCAUACUGAAUUUUGUUCUUGAUGGAAAGCACCAGUUUGGUCAAGGAUUGAUAACGUACGCCAAUGAAGACGUCGUUAAUUGGAUAACAACGUUGGCGGAUAGCUUCAGAGUCGCUGAUGACAUGGGAAAAUUGCGAUUACAGUUUAAGAUGUUUCACAAACCACUCUUCAGUAUGAAGGGAUCUUACGUCGUGACACAGAUGUCGGCAGAGCGACGAGUCUCCUUUGACAAUGGAUUGGAUGGUUCGGUAGCCGAGGACUGUUUCUUUGCGAUGAAAGCUUUUGCCAUGGGCUACAGCUUCAAUUUCAUAGACGGAGAGAUGUGGGAAAAAUCCCCGUUUACUUUGUGGGAUUUUGUACAACAACGAAAACGAUGGCUCCAGGGAAUCCUCCUCGUCGUUCACUCUAAAGCGAUUCCACUGAAGAAUAAAUUGUUAUUAGGUCUAUCGUGUUACUCGUGGGUGACAUUACCCCUUUCCACGUCUAACAUCAUAUUAGCCGGAGUUUGUCCCAUCGUGUGUCCCCCGUUCGUCGAUUUUUUGUGCGCUUUCGUAGGUGCGGUCAGUAUUUACAUGUACAUUUUCGGAGUGGUCAAAUCGUUCUCGCUGUAUCGAUUCGGUUUCGGGAGAUAUGUAAUGUGCAUAUGCGGCGCCCUUGCGACUAUACCUUUUAAUCUCAUCAUAGAGAACCUCGCUGUCGUAUGGGGCCUCUUUGGUAAGAAGCACAAAUUUUACAUAGUUAGCAAAGAGUACAAAGUACCAAGUAUGGUUUAGACCAGCGGUCUCUUUCUCUCUCUCUCUCCCUCGCUCUUUCUGUACCUGUGCGUCUUGUGUCGCUCGUACGGAUGACGACUCUAUCAACGAUUCGAAUUCAUUGCGAUCAUAUAAUCGCGGCAUUUUGUACUAUUUUCAAAUGCUAUCAAUGCGUUCUCUCGACCGUUUACUUAUCGGUCGGAAAAACUAUGGAACCAACUCAAACAAUCGAGUCUCAUCGCUGUACCUUAAUCGUGUUUGCGUCACCAAAGUUUUAGCUAUAAAUUUACAAAACUACUGCUAUCGCACUGUUGUCAUUCUAUAUUGAAUUAUCUUUUUUUUUUAUUAUUUUUUCCUCGGCACGUGUAACUAGUGAAACUAAGUAAGAAAUCGUCCAAAGGACCAAAAGUGCUUGAGUCGCCGAGUUCGGUCUCUAAAAACAACAAGCAUUGAAUCGCUCGUAUAGCGUAAGUUUUUAUACAUGCAUACGCCAAUUUUCGUAUCGGGUGAAACGCACGUCUGGUGAAACCGGACGCCAAAUCGCCCGCGAUACGCGUGGCUAAGUUUUCCACGAUACGGGAAAUGAUAAGUCGACUUUUGAAUGAUAAUCCUGAAUUCAAAUUGUUUAUUAGAUGCUGUAUUAUGCUGCCAGCGCGGGCUACCGCCGCCACGAUCAUUCAGUCAAAACUCCAAUUUUUCCAUUAGCCCGUGCUCUUCCCCGUCUACAAACUCAGUUUUUUUGUUAGCCUUUUUUCCCUUAUUUUCACUUGGCAUAUACAUAUUUUCGAAUUUAUUUAUAAACGGCCAUUGCUCCACAAAAAUGUAAAAAACCCAAUGACAACAUCCGGUGGUAGAAUCGUUACGUCGAUUCUUCUGCUGCGCUGCUGACUGUGCGUAACCAUACGCAUGGACCAAGUGAACUGAUUGAAGGAAUAGAAAAAAAUAAAAGAUAUACACGUUUUUAUUAAAA